CUGAGACAUAACCUUCAAGAUAGGUGGACAAUAGAAUCAGUGCGUGUACAAAUUUCAAGGCCACUGUGACUCGCAUAGCACUCAGUACGUCACUUCGCUGAGUACACUCUAUUUCGUAUCUGUUUCUUAGAUAUUGCCAGAGUUUUAGCCUUCUCAGUAAAUCUGUCCUUCAACUGUACAACAGCAAUCUUGAAAUUGAAAAUCACCCAAAGCUUACCAUAAUGCUAAAUUAAAUCUCACUAAUUCUGAAAUAAUUCUCACGUUCUAUAGGCUUACCUAUUAAAAAACGUCAAAAGAAUAAAUUCAAUCAAAUUGGGACAACUUUUAUUCUUGUCAGUCUGGAGCAAUCAUAUCUUUUCGUCACAGUAAUUUGGCCCUGAAAUUCCGUGAGAUUAUAAUAUGGAAACAGUUGUAUUGGUCACAGGAGGCACAGGUUUGGUUGGAAAUGGCAUCCGAUUGGCCUUGGAGAAUAUCAACGAUUCUCUUAAAAGAGAUGGUGAAAAAUGGAUAUUUUCGUCUUCUAAGGAUGUCAAUCUUGCAGAUAGUGCUGCCACUAGAGCAUAUUUUGAGCGUAUCCGACCAACCUACGUAAUACACCUUGCAGCUAAAGUUGGUGGUUUAUUCGCCAAUAUGUCUGGCAAUCUUGAAUUUUUCCGCCGAAACAUGCUCAUAAAUGAUAAUGUUUUGUCAAGUAGUCAUGCAGUUGGUGCAAAAAAGGUGAUUUCCUGCCUUUCAACAUGUAUAUUCCCUGAUCGCACAUCUUAUCCUAUUGAUGAGACGAUGGUUCACAAUGGACCACCUCAUGAUUCCAAUUAUGGAUAUUCAUAUGCCAAGCGCAUGAUUGAUAUAAUGAACAGAGGGUACAGCGAAACAUAUGGGGUUCUCUAUACAUCUGUUAUUCCUACAAACGUAUUUGGACCAUUCGACAACUUUGAUAUCAAUCAAGGACAUGUUCUUCCUGGCCUUAUUCAUAAAGCUUAUUUAGCCAAAAAAAACAAUGAACCGCUAACUGUUUGGGGUUCAGGUGCACCGCUGCGCCAGUUUAUUUAUUCUGUCGACUUGGGUCACUUGAUUAUUUGGGUGUUACGGGAGUACAAUGAUUCUGCUCCAAUUAUAUUGUCCGUACCAGAAAGUGAUGAAAUUUCUAUUCGUCAAGCAGCUGAAGCAGUAGCUAAGGCAAUGGAUUGUCCCAAUCUCGUUUUUGAUACAACAAAAGCAGAUGGACAGUUUAAGAAGACUGCUAAUGCAUCAAAACUUCGUCGACUUUACCCUGACUUUAAAUUCACUCCUUUUGAACAAGCUAUCGAAAGUACAUGCCAAUGGUUCCGUGACAAUUAUGACAAGGCUCGAUAUUAAUUGUGCUAAGAAAUAACUUUUACAAAUGUAUUAUUUUGAAAGAGUGGUUUUUAGUGUGGUGAUUUUUUUCUCUCAUAUAAUCAAGUACUUUGAUUAAUGUAGUCAAGCAAUUUUUGUUUUGAUAGACUCAGCACUCUCAAUGUGUUGGAUAUUUUAUUACAAAAUAAAAUACUGGAAAAAUA